GAAAAAUCAGGACAGUGUUUCGGUAGUUGACGGUCGAAGGAUCGAUCGAAAAUUCGUUUUUCCAAGACCUGUGCACUCUAUCCUGCCCUACCUCGACCUGCACUGCUACGGGAGAGAGACGCGCUUCUAGAGGGGGUCGAAGAGCGGCAAAUUCUUGCAGUCUAGUGGAAGACCGUGAUGCCGAUGCUACCGAGCCGAACUUAACGGUUCUCCAGUAUCGAACGCGUCGUUGUUCGUGAGUUACGCGCGUUCCUAUCGAUCUAUACGCUCGAACAAGAAUUAUUCGAUUAGUAGGUGAUUUACGUCGCGAACUAUACACGCAUAACACACGCGCGCUAGUAGAGGUAACUGGAAGUAUAUCACUAGGAAUUUUAAAGGUUCGUUUAUCUCGUUUCGAGAACAAGGAACAACAGGUGCCGUCAAGGAAGCGCUUCGAUGGCUUCUAUCUUGUAACACGUACAAAACAGAUUUUUGUUUCUACGUGUUGCGUCCCUUUACGUGAUUUCUUUAACAACUGGCUACGAAUUUCGGCUUCGCCGGAACACGUCAUGGGCCAAAACUGGCUAUAAACUAAUGCCGACAAAUAUGAAUAUACGUCGAACGGUGUUGCUGCUACUCGAAAGCAUAAUCGCAAUCGUGGCAGCAACCUCCAGCUGUCCAUGGGCGCAACACGUAGUCGAUCUCGAGAGUUCCUGCAUCUGCGACUACAACCUGGCCAGGGAACUUUCGGUACAAUGUGACAUCGUCGAUUACGAGCAACUUCUAUCCGCUAUGCGGCGUCACGUUUCCAAAACCACCAUAGACCUAUUCUACGUCAACAACAGCACCAUAGGAAUCUUGAGGAACGAUUCGUUCUCAUCCGUGAAAAUCAACAACAUGCAAUUAUCUGGCUGCCAGAUUAAAGGUAUCGAGGCGCACGCGUUUAGGGGCCAGGAAAGCUGUUUGAAAAGCAUCAAUCUGAAAGACAACGAAUUGACCGAGAUUCCCAGCGAGACGCUGAAAACUCUGAAGAAUCUCACGGUACUGGAUCUUUCGAUGAAUAAAAUUACGAGGGUGAACGACGACACCUUCGCGGGAUUAAAGUUAGUUACGUUGAAACUUUCCGACAACGAAGUUACUUUGGCGCCUGGAUCGUUUCGAGGAUUGGAGAGGUCGUUGAAAAAUUUGAAUUUGAAGGGAACCAGGCAGAAGAAGGUUCCCGAAGCGCUUAGAGGUUUAAGGACACUGGCGUUUCUCGACUUGUCGCAGAACAGUAUCAGAGAGUUGCCCGGCUCCGCCGGUACCAAAGCUUUCGAGGGAUUGGAUUCGUUGACCGGUCUGAAUCUCGAGAGGAACUUGAUACAAAAUAUCGGAUCCGAUACGUUUUAUGGUAUCAAGAAUACUUUGAGCUCGUUGAGCUUGUUGAACAAUCUUAUUCCCGACUUUCCCACGGCUGCCAUCAACAGCGUUCAAGACCUAAGGGUGCUGGAUAUAGGAUUCAAUCUGAUAACGGAGUUGCCGAUAAACGCGUUUCAAAAGAAUCCGUCGAUAACUUUGCUAGCGAUCGAUGGAAAUCCUUUGUCAACCGUUCCGGAGGAAGCUCUAGCUCGACUAAACGGAACGCUUCGAGGUCUGAGUUUAGGAGGCCGAUUUCUGGUCUGUGAUUGCAGAUUACGGUGGAUCGUCGACUGGAUAAAAACCAGAGACUUGCAAGUCACUAGUCGGGAACGCAAGCCGCAAUUCUGCGGAAGUCCGCAAAACUUGCAAGAUAAAAGCUUCUACAACAUCGACACAGCAGAAAUGACCUGCGAAAGAACUCCAGAGAUAAUCGGAAUCGGAACGGUAGAAAGCGUGGACACGAGAGAACCUACAGGAUCCGCUAUAGUAGCCAACGGUUACAAUCCAACCACUCGACCGUCGAUUAACCUACCUACUACCACUGCAACAACUACGACCGUAUCAACGACAGCGCUUGUAUCUUCCACAACGGAAUUGCAAAAAACCGAGACACCAUUUUCCACUACACCAAGAACCAUCACCAACAGGCCAACCGUUGCGCGAACAGGAAACGUGGUGAUAAUGAGGACCACACCAUCCCCGCCGAAACAAAUUCAGGAUCAAUUGCAGCAACAUCAACCAAGACCACCCUUGGUACUUGGUUCGCCACUUUAUAAAUCAAAAUUCACCGACAAAGAUAUUAUCGUCAAGGACGUACUCAGACAAGAUAACGCAGUGAUUAUAUACUGGGACACGGAAGCGACGAAUAUUUUAGGUUUCAAAGUAAUUUAUAGAUUGUUUGGCGACAGUAGUUUCAAGCAGGCACCGCCUUUGGAGGCCAGUGAACGUGAAUUCAAAAUCAAGAACGUUCCUUCGCAGGAAUGUAUCGUAGUGUGCGUAGUAUCGUUGGAAGAAACAAACAUCACUCCUGCAAACGUGCCCUACAAUCAAUGCAAGGAGGUAAGAACGGAAAACUCGCCUACGUCCAACAUGGAUAAAAUUACUAUCGCUGCGAGUGCAGCCAUAUGCGCCACUAUAGUGGUAGCAGUGAUAAUAUUUAUUGUUGCGAAUCGGCGAAGGGCCAGAAAACUUCAUACUCUUCACAGUAUUGAUCAGACAAAAAUGGGAGGACCCAUUACUGGUUUACCUGUGAAUUGUUGUUCCAACGUUGGUCCGACACCCAGCCCUGGUGGGCCGUUGUCAUCAAUGGCGACACUCAGUGCUUAUAAUGCUCAAAAAGAAUGGGAUCAAGUAUCUGCAUACAGUAACAGAAGCAUACCAAGGCCAAGGAUAUUCCCCGUUGAUCGACAAGGUUCGAUAACUAGAGCUUCUUGCAUCGACGAUGUCAGAUCACAGACAGGACAUUACAGCGGAAAGGUAUCGACUCGUUCCGUAGUCGAUGGACAAUCUCAGCACAGUUUCUCUAACACAUCGACGAGAUACUUUGCAAACAACACUUUGACUUCCAAUCUCGCUAACACAAGAUCAGAGUUGAGACAAUCUCGACAAUCUUUGGCCGCAGCUUCUGACAGAAUAUCGCGAACGAAUUUUUCACCCAGUCACGUGCCACCGCAUUCUUCGUCUAGAAGGCAAAGGCCAAGAUCGUGUAAUCGAACACUGGAGCAAAACCCACCAAGACCAGGUAGCAGAUACAGUAUAGCCGAUUCAACGCACACCCUUAAUAAUUACGAAGAGAACAAUUGGACCGAUCAUGAUAUGGACAUAUACAUGGCACGUAAUCCAACUACGAGGACUGGUCUUAUGCCUCUCUGAUUCCACACAUUGCAUGUGCGCGGUUUUGCUCAAACGUGUUCAGUGACAUUCUUUUUCUUCAGACCGCUUGAACUGCUCUCACUCACGUAGUUGUAAUAUAUAACGUGACGUUUCAAAAGGUUCAGAGAUUUAUAGAUAGAAUAGCGUUGACAUAGUAUCAAUGUUAAAAUAAAGACCUGAGACGUAUGUUAUUACAAAAAUUACCGUGUAAUAGAUGUAUUAACAUAGUAACAUGGAGGAUACGUUACAAACGUGUAGCUUUAAGAAAGUUCAUGUUAAGAAAUUGCUUGAAGGUGCACAGUUAAAAAUAUAUAUACGUGCUAUGUGUGCUCGAACAAAACGUUCGAUUUCAAACGGUUUUAGCACGCGAUCUCUCAACAACAAUAAGAAAAAAAAACAUAGCACUAAGUGAUGAAUAAGUCAAGUUUAUCGCGUACGUGGUGGAUGUGUUUUUAUCCAAAGACUGUAUUAUAAAUCAACGUCUGUCAAAUUCUGUAUUAUGUUUAAUGUCUUGUGCUUGUUGACGCAUGUUCAUAAGAAAUGUACUGAUAUUAAAGUAUUUCUUAAUAUAUGAUAUGUUCUGGUAAUAAGAGAUUUCGCUAUUGAUAAAUAUAGAGCAAUUUUGUAUAUUUCUACGUACCGAUAAUUUUAUAUUUCAGUAUUAGAAUAAAAUCGAAACUGAAUACACAUACGAUA